AAAAUAAUUUUGAACUAGAUUUAAGAAACAGGAUAUUUUUGUUAAGUGACGACUCAGGAAUAAUAAGUGAUGACUCCAAAAAAACAUUCGAUGAAAAGGUUAAAGUCGAAUAUGAAUCGCAGAACUCUCCUUCCGUAUCUGACGAUGACGAUUCGAAUUAUAUGCCAAGCGACACUGAAGAAUCGGCUUCUGAUACCGAUGCAUCUGAGGACAAUAUAAAUGGGAAGGAUCUCCCAAAAAUUGACAAGACGGCUUUUUGUAAGACCUAUUAUGCUAUCCCAAACUUUACAAAAUUGCAGUUGAGCACAGGCAGGAUAGUGGAAGACAUCCUUUUUGAAUUUGCUAAAGACAUGGACUAUGAACAGAAAAUUGUCAGAGCGUUAUUCACCGAUAAGGAGUGGAACGAACUAAUUAAAGAUCGAAAUGGGGUUCCUUCUGUUCCACGUGAUAUUGCAGAAGAGCUAUCGAAGUACGGAAGUAAAACAUUAAAAGAGCUACGUACGAAAGUGAUGAAAUCAUACCUUAAGGAUGACGAAGAAUAUGAUGUUCAAAAGCAUUAUAAUCGAGAAUGGAUUCAAAUGACCAUGCGAACACUUUGUAAUCUGUUCGAAAAUAUAGAUACCCCCUUAGUAAGGACCCAAUAUGAAGAUUGGUUCACGGUCGCGCUUUUUGGAACAUGUAUUGAUUUCUGCGUCAGGGACGCGCAAUUGGGAACCGACAUUAAGAGGACCGAUGCACCAUCAUUGAGUAGUGCCAACAGAAAGAAUCGGCGUCGGAAAACAAACGCAAGAAAACUCAUUGGUCGCAAAAUCGAUGGGAUAAUAUAUAUAACUAAUAGACUUGUUGAAAUCGGUGCCAUUGAAGGUGCAAGGGCUUUUGCGGGAGUUUCAGAUAACAAAUAUCUCCUCGAGUCAUUCAAGAUGCCCAAAACACUUCGAGAUAUGUAUUCUGAUUUAAUCAAGGCUGUGAAUUAUGACGAUCAAAAAGCAGAUAAACUUCAAGUAUUUGGCAUCUUACACCUUGGGUUAUAUAUUCAGUUCGCGAGAUUAUGGCGCGCUGGUGGAUCGAUCUGCAUUUUUCGUAAAGAUCCCCAAUCUUUCUAUAUAGAUAGCAAGUUCUCGAAAAAUGGAUUAAGUUCCUUCAUUAAAUUUCUAAAAAAGAUAUACCAAUAUAAGAUCAUUAUUAGGAACAAUCUACAAAUUCUGAAUAUUCUAAAUGACGAUACUGACACUGAAUGUGGCGACCUGUUGGAAGAAUUGCUUAAAGAUGACAAUGAACAAUGCUCUACUCCACCACCCGUGCCAAUUCAUUUUUUUGCUGAUUGCGAAAACACUCCAAAGAAAAAAAAGAAAAAAAGGA